UCGCUGCACUUUGAGAAUAAACCACACACAUCACCCCAUUCAUUUUGUUCACAGGACAGCACCACCGCUCAAGCUCCCUUUAAAAUUCCUCACCAUAUACACACUCCCACCGCAUUUCCCAUUCGAAACACUUUACUUUUCCACUCUGUUUCUGCCAAAAAUGCAGCUUAGUUUAGCUGCUGUGUUAGUGAGUGCAUUAGUAGUAGCUUCGGUCCAAGCAGAGGAUCCUUAUCGGUACUUCAACUGGAAUGUUACUUAUGGUGAUAUUUAUCCCCUCGGUGUUCGUCAACAGGGAAUAUUGAUCAAUGGACAAUUUCCUGGUCCUGAUAUACAUUCAGUCACCAAUGAUAAUCUUAUCAUUAACGUCUUUAACAGCUUAAACCAGCCUUUUCUAAUCUCCUGGAAUGGCAUUCAGCAGAGGAGGAAUUCAUUUGUGGAUGGAGUGUACGGGACUACAUGCCCCAUUCCUCCGGGAAAGAAUUACACAUACAUUCUACAAGUGAAGGAUCAGAUCGGAAGCUUUUACUAUUUUCCUUCCCUUGCAUUCCACAAAGCUGCUGGUGGAUUUGGAGGUAUUAGAAUCCUUAGCCGUCCCAGGAUUCCUGUCCCAUUCCCUGAUCCUUCAGGUGAUUACACCGUCUUAAUUGGAGACUGGUACAAGUCUAAUCACAUGAAAUUAAAGGCAAUUCUCGACAAUGGUAGGAAGUUACCUUUUCCAGAUGGCGUUCUGAUCAACGGGAGGGGUCCAAAUGGAGUCUCUUUUAACGUUGAACAAGGUAAAACAUACAGGCUCAGAAUAUCAAAUGUUGGACUAGAGAAUUCGCUGAACUUCCGGAUUCAAGGCCAUAAAAUGAAACUGGUUGAGGUGGAGGGAACACACACACUACAGUCCACCUAUUCAUCACUUGAUAUUCAUGUUGGUCAGUCAUACUCAGUACUUGUCACCGCCGACCAACCAGCUAAGGAUUACUAUAUUGUUGUGUCAUCCCGAUUCACCUCUAAAAUUCUCACCACCACUGGUAUUCUUAAAUAUAGCAACUCUGCUGCCCCAGUGUCCGGUCCCCUCCCUGGUGGACCAACUACCCAGAUUGACUGGUCUUUGAACCAGGCACGAUCUAUCAGGAGUAAUCUCACAGCUAGCGGACCAAGGCCUAAUCCACAGGGCUCUUACCAUUAUGGCAUGAUAAAAACCAGCCGAACUAUCAGGUUGUCGAGUAGUGCUGGUCAAGUCCAUGGCAAACAGAGAUAUGGAAUCAACAGCGUUUCCUUUGUCCUAGCUGACACUCCCCUGAAGCUGGCUGACUACUUCAAAAUUGGAGGAGUUUUUCGCAUUGGCAGCAUAUCACCAAAUCCCACCGGAGGAGGUUUGUAUCUGGACACUUCUGUUAUGGGCGCUGAUUUCCGAGCUUUUGUUGAAAUUGUGUUUGAGAACCCGGAAAACAUUGUUCAGAGUUACCACCUCGAUGGAUACUCUUUCUUUGUAGUAGGAAUGGAUGGAGGACAGUGGAGUUCAGGAAGCAGAAACAACUACAAUCUCCGGGAUGCAAUUGCACGGUGCACCGUUCAGGUGUACCCCAGAUCAUGGACAGCUAUUUAUGUCCCACUUGAUAACGUGGGAAUGUGGAAUCUAAGGUCGGAGUUUUGGGCACGCCAAUAUCUUGGACAACAAUUUUAUGUGCGUGUUUACACAAAUUCCAAUUCAAUCAGAGACGAGUAUCCCAUUCCCAAGAAUGCACGUCUUUGUGGUCGUGCAGCUGGUCGUCACACACGACCCCUUUGAAUGACUAAAUUCACCGGUCGCGAUCACAAGAGGUUCCCGUUUAGCUCGAUGAAUUAAGAAUUUAAAUUUAGAGUUAAAUGCAUAAGGCAUAUAUCCAGAAAAUACUUUUUUUUUUUGUAAUAGGUGUAUCUUUAUUAUUUAUUUAAUAUAUUGUAUACCUCA